AUGUUCGGCUAUUCAGUUCAGAAUAGAAACCCAUUUCUGGGACUAGCUGAAGAGCAAGGUCCUCGUCACUCAUCUAAUCGGCAGCAAAGUUUACAAGAAUUAGAGAAGAGUAUCAUAGAACCUGAAAAGAUCGAGGAUGUCUUAGAUCCUGUUACAGAAAAGAAGGAUAGGCCACAUGAAGUUAGUCCCAAGAAUAGUUUGAAGGGUAGCUUCGUCAUUACAGUGUUGCUCUUUACUCUGGUUUUAUUUUUUUGGCUCGUUUGUUUAGCCGGAUUAAUUGUAACCAUGCAUAGUUGUAGAGAAGACUCAAUUUUGUGUUUGCCCCAGGUAUCCUUCCAGUUAUCAAGUGAAACUCCAAUUGCAAAAGCUUUGCUGGUCAAAGCAGAACAGGCGUUGAGACUAAUAUCCUACAUUGCCGUGGAUCUGGGCGCUCAUCCGAGUGAAGAUGGAAAUGUAUUCGUGAACCCACAUUUGAGGGAGAUGGCAAUUAAAAAGAAUCUCCAGAACCCAACCGAGUUCAACUCCGUUUUCAAUUAUUUGAAAACUGUUGACACUUUAACUACAGACAAUAUAUUUCGGCUAAAUUUUUUUGGAUAUUGCAAAGAUCAACUGGCGAAGGGAAGCAGUAUAUGCCAAAACGAAUGGGGAUUGGAUUUCGUGUCAGUUUUACUAAGAGAUGCCGGUGAUCAGCUGUCACAGCUCACAUCAGAUCCUGAACUAGGUAGACAAUUAGUGGGCGAGUCAUUCGUUCAAGCAUAUAAAGGGAUACUGAAGCAGGCUUCAAGUUUGAACUUACAAGAUCGAAAGCUAGAAAACGCAGUUUUGCUUAGUAGGGUGUCGAAAAUAGUACCACUACUAGUGUUUAUUACAUGUAUUUCCAAAGCAGUGGAUACUGUAUUAAUGAUAGUGGCUAUGGGAUUGUAUAUCUGGAAGAAAAAUGGGCAUGCGAACAUCAUCCAGAUAUUGUUGAACGUGAUUUUUGGAAUUCAUCUGAUUUCUUUAAUAACUGGAUUUCUAAGUGUGGUUUUGGAAACUGAGUAUUUCAUUAAACUGUCAGCCAUAGGGGAGCAGACCGGGAUCGCUAUUGUGGUACUGGAUGUUGGUAGUUACGUGGUAUUCGCUUCCGCUUUUGCCAACGUGAUAGUGUGCUUUCUACUUCUUAUAACAAUCCUAAAAAGACCGUAUAUUUAG